AACAAGGCCUUUGGAUAAUAUCUUGAAUGAAUUGUUAUUUCAUUUUUUUGUGACGUCAUAGAAAAAUAUGAAGUAAUAUUCAAUUUACUUUUGAGUACAUAUCAAAGCACCUUUAGGUACUAAUUUUAAUACAAAAUUUUAUUAAAUGGCUCUCGAAUUAAAUCUCUACAUGCUUAAGAUUUUUUAUUAUAUGGUUAAUCAUCCCAGUUAACAAUGAUUACAGAUGAAUGUGACUGCUAGUGAUGUAUUAUUUAAUUAUUAGCUUUCUUUUUAUUAUUACUGUAGCUAUAAUUCUCAUGGGCUCCUCAUUAGCACACCAAAUCUACAAAGGCUCUGCGUAGAAAGUGUUAUAAUCUGUUAUUCCAAAAAUAUUUAUUCAAUUACGACAACCCUCUAGAAAACUUCGUGUUCAUACACAUAAAAUCUUUUAACCAAUACUUUCGAAGUGAAAAAUAUAUAAAUUUUGGGUUGUGGAUAGCCAAGGGUAAGCAAUAUACAUCCCAAAGAAAAGGUUUUCUGCUUUUAUAAUUAAAAUAUAAAGAUGCGCGUCAGGUCUAUAUGGUUGACAAUCAAUAUCGAAUAGUCAAAUUGAAUCAAUAAACUGUAAUAAAAAUAAUCAAUUUCGAAGCAAUGACACAUUGGCCAUAUGCCAUCAUUCGUUUAAUUAACUGGACUCGUGCUUUCAUUUUGUUUUCACAUCUUUCACCAUUUGUGUAGGCUGCCAGUAACUAUCUUCAGUCAACGAGAAUCGACCCUUAAAUAGUGUUUUUUUUUUGUAUUAAACAGAUUAUAACAUUUUCCAUAAGUGUGUUAGUGUUAUGAAUUAGAUUUCGCGCUUCUGUUGUGCUAAUAUUUCCUAUCAUUGUAGUCUAAUAUGAUCAUACGUCACUCGACGCUCAUUAUGAAUGAUACGUAUGACAAUUAUUAUUUUUUUAUAUUAUAUAUGAGCAGUCAUUUUCUUUCAUUAUUUGCAUAUAGAAUUUGGUAUUCAUUUAGUAAUACUGUUUGAUCCAAUAAUAAACACAAAAAAAUGAAAAAUAUAACUGCUCAGAUAUAAACUAAAUUCAUCUAUAACUUUCAUCUUACAAUACUAGGUCACAUGUAGUGUUCAUUAGUAAAACUUAUUUAGCGUUUACAUUUACACACCGUUUAAAGGUUCUUGAAGUUAUUGUUUGAUAUGAUAAAUAACGGAAUCGUUAUUAAGUCGAUGUAUCCUAUUUCUAAACGAUUUUUUUAAAACAAUUAUUUUGGUCAUUAUACUGUUAAAUAACUUCAUGAAGUUUAAUAAAAAUAACGCACGACCGAUUUACUAUUAUGAAUAUCUCAACUUGGAAUUUAUCAAUAUUCACAUGCUACAAUCGUCUGUCUUCGCGAAACGUCAAAGUUGCAAACUGUAAAUCAGUGGUGUGUAUACAAUGGGUUCGGUUCCCCCGCGGCGGCAAGGGCCAUUCUUAUUCACCGUCCAGUGCUUACAUUCGACGGCGACGGCGCUCGGCAAGGUGACGAGGAGGAAGCCGCCUUCCAUGGGAAGCUGCCGCCGGGCAUCCUGCCCCACGGACUGCCCACCGUCAAGGAAGUGCAGCCCGCAGUCACUGCCGAGCCCCAGGACAAGAAGGAAGAGGAGAAAGAGAAGAAAGUUCGCGAGCUGAGCGUAGACGAGAAGCAGACGAUAAUGUUGUCGGCGGAGUUCCAGCGGUUCAUCAGUCGCGCGGGACGCGUCAUCGAGCGGGCACUCGCCGAGUCCGUCGACAUAUACACGGACUACACCGGCGGCGGCGAUGCUGAGAACGCACUGGACGACAAGUGCGACGCGCGCGUGUCGCUGGUGCGCACGUUCCACGACGAGCGCUGGUCGCGCGGGCGCUGCGUGACGAGCCUGGACUGGAGCGCGGCGCACCCCGAGCUCAUGCUGGCCUCGUACCACAACAGCGACGACGCGCCGCACGACCCCGACGGCGUCUGCCUCGUCUGGAACACCAAGUUCAAGAAGCCCACGCCCGAGGACGUCUUCCACUGCCAGUCGCCCGUCAUGAGCGCCACCUUCGCCAGGUUUCACCCUAACUUGAUCCUCGGAGGCACGUACUCCGGUCAAAUAGUGUUAUGGGACAACCGCGUGCAGAAACGUACGCCCGUUCAGCGUACGCCACUCUCAUCGCUAGCACACACGCACCCAGUAUACUGUCUAUCAGUGGUGGGCAGUCAGAAUGCGCACAAUCUGAUCUCAGUAUCGACGGACGGUCGCAUGUGCUCCUGGUCGCUAGACAUGUUGUCAGCGCCGCAGGAGACGUUGGACCUGCAGCAUCGGCAGAGCAAAGCCGUCGCGGUCACAUGCAUGGGAUUCCCGUACGGGGACGUCAAUAAUUUCGUGCUCGGCAGCGAAGACGGUGAUGUUUAUACAGGUUGUCUGUACGGGCAGCGCGCGGGCAUCGGCGAGUGUGUGGAGGCGCACGCGGGGCCCGUCACCGCCCUCUCCUGCCACAGCGCGCCCGGCAGCGCGCCCCUCUCGCACCUCUACCUCACCGCCUCCGUGGACUGGUCCCUGCGCCUGUGGAGCCUCAAGGUACACCCCCCGCCCCCGCCCCCGCCCCCGCCCUCUCCUGCCACAGCGCGCCCGGCAGCGCCCCCCUCUCGCACCUCUACCUCACCGCCUCCGUGGACUGGUCCCUGCGCCUGUGGAGCCUCAAGGUACACCCCCCGCCCCCGCCCCCGCCCCCGCCCUCUCCUGCCACAGCGCGCCCGGCAGCGCCCCCCUCUCGCACCUCUACCUCACCGCCUCCGUGGACUGGUCCCUGCGCCUGUGGAGCCUCAAGGUACACCCCCCGCCCCCGCCCCCGCCCCCGCCCUCUCCUGCCACAGCGCGCCCGGCAGCGCGCCCCUCUCGCACCUCUACCUCACCGCCUCCGUGGACUGGUCCCUGCGCCUGUGGAGCCUCAAGGAGAGCAAGCCGCUGUACUCGUUCGAGGAGAGCGGCGACUACGUGUCGGACGUGCGCUGGUCGCCCGUGCACCCGGCGCUGUUCGCGGCCGUGGACGCCGCGGGCCGCCUCGCGCUCUGGAACCUCAACAGAGACACGGAGGUGCCCGUGGCCAGCAUCCAGGCGGAGGGCGGCGUGGCGUUCAACCGCGUGUCGUGGACUCCGGGCGGCACGCACGUCACCGCCGGGGACGACGCCGGCAAGAUAUGGGUCUACGAACUGGCCGAGCACAUGGCCCAGCCACGGCAUGACGAGUGGAGCAAGCUGGUGUACACGCUGCAGGAACUGAAGCACAACCAGGCCGACGACGACGACCGCCUCACCGGGCCCUCCUCGCUCACCAGCCUCUCCUCACUAGGAAACCCCCUACGGUAAAUAAAACUUUUCAAGAACAAUGCUGAUGAAGGAUAUAAUUCUGCAAUACAUGUCAAGAGUCUGCAAUGCACUUAUAGAAAAGCGAUGCUUCAGAAAUAUUAAAUUAAAAUAAUAGGUAAUUUAGUAUCAGUUUAAUGUGAAAAUAGGAAGUACUUUCAAAACACCCAUAUCUGUAACUUAACUACAAUAAAUAUAUUUUUUAUUGUUAUGAAGCAAAUACAUGACCAAUUAAAACCUUUUAAACAUCUGAAAUUGUUUCAGAAAUGCUAAUAAUGGCAUGCACUCUUUUUGUAUAUGCACAUAAAUUCUUUUCAUUAAUUGCUAAAUCUCUCAUUUAAUCGAGAUAUAUACAUAGUUAAGCUAUAUUUAUCAAUUAAAUGCAAUGUAUAUGUAUAUUUAGUUAGUAGUUUAUAAUAAACAAUGAAAUAUCAAAAAUUGCAGCUAUACUAUCAGCACCCACUACUUGAAUUUACACAGAGAGAUGAGAUUUAUUUCUAUUAUCUCUGUUUAGCUAAACUGUCAACUCAGUUUGCGGAAAAAGAUCAAGGAAAGAAAUAAAAAUUUUAAAUCUUUAUAGGACUUAUAUUGUAUUGUGAUUACGAGUAA